CGUUCGGACUCGGACCAUGUGGUCUUUGAUAAUAUUUAAUUCAGUUCGUGUCUGACGUCUGAGAAGAAAGAGACUGCCGCGGUUUUAUUAACCGAAUGCAAAAAAAUUAUUUAAAAUAAAGCGGGAUCAUUAAAUGUUUUAAUUUUUUGACUUGUAUUUGUUUAAUCGUCCGUUAACCUUUUCGUCUGUUUAUUUAUCAUGGUUGUGAUAAACCAUAAACUUCCGGCGAAUGCUGUCGAAGUAACUGUAGAAAAAAUAACAAAUCCAAAUAAAAUACUUAUUAGAGAUGUGACCCAUGUGGCGGAAAAACUUAAAUUAAUCACUGAGAAGCUUAAAGUUGUUGCCAAAAAAUAUAAAAAGUCUGAAGACAAUGUUAAUGAUAAGCCACUCGCGGUUGGUACUCUCACAAUAAUUGACAGAAAUACUCCUGAUGGUAUUAAUUUACCAGCAUGGUACUCUCGGGCCAUAAUAACUGGAUUUAAUUAUGAUACGCUCAAAUAUUCAGCAUUUUUAGUUGACUAUGGCGUUACAUUUAAAUUAUGCAGGCAGGCAUUUAUUGUUAUUACUCAGGAUGAUAUUCCUGAUCAGUAUUUAACUGAAUCAGUCAGUUUAUACAAAAUUAUACCUGCAAUGAUUAAAUCUUGCAAUGAUGAUGGUGUAGAUCUUCUUGCUAAGAAGACUUGGUGCCCCGAAGCGAUUGAUUUGGCUAAGCAGCUAAUAAGCGCAUCUAGAAAGUGUUACUUUGAACUUUCAGCCAUUGGAAGAACGGGAAAAAAAUACGGGGAGUUGUAUCUGAUAAUUGAAAAUCAAAUAAUUCUUUUGAGAAAAGCGCUUGUGAAAGCGCACACUGCAAUUUUUGUUAAUGAAGAUUUAUUAGAUGUCAAGAGCAGUGAUAAUUCAUUUAGCUCAGCAAAAUCAAUCAGCUCACCAGCAUUAGAUUCAGGAAAUAAUACUGACUCUAAUUCCACAUCCGCUUCAGUUAAUUCAGUAGCGCAACGAGUUGGUUUUGAAGAAGUUCUGGUCAGCAGUAAUGAGUCCUGUAACCGUUUAACUGAUAUAGCUUCUGCUAAAUUUACUAAAAACAUUCAUCAUGCAUUGAACAAAUUAUCAGUAAGAAGAUUAAGAAAUAUUCAGUCAUACAUGUGGCCUGCUAUCAACAAAGGGCUAGAUGUUAUGGCUGUGGCACCAACCAAGAGUGGAAAAACUUUCGGAUACGUCGCACCAAUUGCCAAUAUGAUAGUCACAACACGACAGUACCAAGAAGAUGGUCAACCGAUGGCAUUAAUUCUGUGCCCGUCUUCAAAAGAAGUUUUGUAUAUCAAAGAACACUUCCGGUUAAUUCUGUCCGACUUCAGCGACAUAAAGAUAAUCGGAGCUUUCAAUGGCUGCGAGUAUCGAUCAAUUACAGCCCAAGUUUAUAAUGGAUGUCAUAUAUUUAUCGCGACCCCGGCCUUUUUAUUCCGUUACCUCGAAGAUAAGAACAGCGGAGCGCCGGUUAAGUUCAGCAGCAUAAAUCACCUGGUGAUUGAUCAUCUAGAUGAUUUAUUACUAAAGCACGUGGACACUUUGAUUCCUCUGUUGAAGAAAUAUACACCCUUUGGUAAGAAAAAAGCUCAGAGCUCACGACUGAUGGCUUUGCAAACGAUAGCCGUCGCCAGACAAUGGUCUAGUUUGCUUGGAACCUUUACAAAGAAUGCUUUUAAGAAUCCAUUUUACUGCAUCGGUUCAUUUGCUGACGCCACGAUUUUUUGUGGGAUCCAACUGAGAACUAGGUCGAUUCUCAAAGCACAGAAACUUGUCAAGACUGAAGAAUUGUUGGAGAAAAACUAUUUGUUAGUUAAGACAAUGAUUGUCUGUGCAGAAGGUGAUGAAGCUCAUGAGCUUAAUAAUUAUUUGUCAAGUAAAAAUAUUCGCACGUUGUAUGUUCCUGAAGACGUAGUCAGAGCUGAGAUCGUAGAUGCUAAAGGUCAAUGGGACAGAGGAAUAGCAGGAAACUACGAGGUUCUGAUUUGUACUGAUAGAGCUCUGCCGAUUUUAGAAGUAACAGAUGUCGACUGGCUGAUUCAUUACUCAAUCGCCGUGCCGACAAAGUCUACUUUCCUAUUCCGCUUUUCAACUCUCAUGACUAACUUGAGAAAAAAAUCCCCUACCACUGAGGUCACUAUUUUUAUUGACGAAACUAAUGACAUACAAUUGCGUAGUAUAUUAAAUCUAGUUGAAAGAUCUGGUUAUAAAUUGUCUGCUGAGCAGAAGAAUGCAUUUGAACGCGUUUACGUUAACUUGGAACGUCAGAAAAAAAAUUAUCCGAUUUGUGAUAACAUAAAAGCCUUUGGAAACUGUGAGAAAGGGAACGCCUGCACAUUCAGACACUGUUUCAUUGCUGAAGUUGAUACUCCGAUGACACCAGUGACCAUUGGAGACAAAGUUAAAAUGACAAUUACUUAUGUCCAUGACGCAACGCAUUUUUCGGCAAAGAUACAAGAGUACACUGACAGCCAGGGAAAUAAGCACAUGGUUUCAGCGGCAGCGCACGUGGAAAUUGAGUCAAAAGUAUAUCAGUAUUUUGCAGCGAUGCGUAAUCGGCGCAAGUGUCACACUGUCGAAGUCGGCGGAAUUUACGGGUAUGAUGAAAGACUUGACGAGUAUUGUCGUGUCCAGAUUAUUAAUGUUGUGAAAAAAAAUGACGAUGGCAAACCUCUGGUUGUUGAUUUGAGAAAUAUUGAUUCGGGUUAUGUUUAUGCACACCAAAAUGUGAGCAGAUUGAGGGAAAUGCCAAAAGAAUUAGCAGAAGCUCCAGCUCAUAUUGUCGAAGUAUUUUUGGCAAACAUUUCCCCUUAUGACAAAGAAAUUGAAUGGAAUGUCAGAGCUAAUAAAUGUACUAUGAGUUGGUUUACUGAACAAUUAGAAGCGCCUUGUACUUCUUUACGAGGAACAGUCGUUUUACAUUUCGGCAAUACCUUGUGGGUAGAUCCGCUAGAAGUAAGGAUGCAAAUCAGUAUCGCAAAUAAGGAAUUGCACAAAAGUUCUCUGAAAGAUCAUUUGAUUAAAAAGAAAUACGGAGUUGCUAAUGAUGAUCAUAUUAAAAUACUGAAAAAAAUGUGUAGUUACGCGGAUAUGAUGGAGUUAGAGUAGGACUGCAGAGUGAAUUUAUUUAUAAAGACAUGACAAUAUUAAUUUAUAAGAUAGUAUAUUUACAUGAAAAGUAUUUUUGUUGAAUGAAUUUCUGAACAAGUCGCGCUAGACUAGAGUAUUAAAAUACACAGUAUUUAAAAAUAUUCAAAUACUUUAUUUUAAAGUAAUUAGAAUAAAGGCUGCGAUUUUUGAGACUACGGCAUCUGUGGACAUUUAAUUUGACAUUUGAAGAGUAUAAAAAAUAUUCUUACUAAUAAAUGUAAUCAAAGUAUUUAUAGAUAAGAUGUAAACAUCAGUGAUGUUUUUACUUUGUAUUAAUCGUCUUAUCAAAAUUAUUGGUGUCCAAAACUGAUAUCGGUGUCUAGAACCGGUACUUUAUAUAUAAGUAUAAAAAUAUUCCAAUCUAUACUUAGUUCAUUCCAAUUCAUUUAAUUUUUAAUUUAUGAAAUCAGAUAUAAUUGUCUUUAAUAAAAUUGACUUUUGUGUCUCAGUUCAAUAUAGGGCAGAGGUAUCACUCUUGGCUAUUUUAGGGCCAGUUUUGGACACUUGAAAAAUUAAAAUAAAAUAAUAUGCUAAAGACUCAAUGACAGAAUUAAUUUUUUAAAUCUGUUCAAUGAUACUUUUAUUAAGUCAUUGUAAUAAGAGUUUUUUUUUAUACUAUAAUAAUAAUAAUCUAAUAAAAUCUAUAGGAGUGGAAUGAUGAUGAAGAAUAAG